UGUUGACAAUUGGGAUUAUUGAUUAUUCGUGGAAUUUAGUUAAACUCUUGGGUAGUUGGACUUCAUGAUCAACUAGAAAAUAAAGAAAAUAGAGGAGGGAUUUUGAAGGGAUCCAUUUGAAGAAUUUGAAGCAAAAAGAAAGAAGAAGAAGCUGAAUUCAGCUUCUUCUUUUUUUCUUUUUUGGCUUGCAUUAGCUUUUCUAAAUUAGGCUUUACACUCAAAUCUCAAGAUGCAUCUUGUGAAUUGCGAAAGAGUGAGGGAAAGAAAGAUGCUGAGAGGUGGUGGAUGAGAAUACGUCCAAUUUGACUUCUACAUUCGGGAACUGAAAGCGGUACCAUGCACCCACAACAGUCUUUAGCUUCAUCAAAUCAAGCAACACCACAUCCAAAGCAGGAGAGAAGCCUUCCAGACCCUGAUGCAGAAGUAAUAGCUUUAUCUCCUAAAACACUGUUGGGCAUCAACAAAUUCGUAUGUGGGAUCUGCAACAAAGGGUUUCAAUGGCAACAGAUUCUGAAUGUUCAUAGAAGAAAGCAUAAUCUGCCAUGGAAGCUAGAGCCAAGUACAAACAAAGAGGUGAAGAAGAAGGUGUAUGUAUGUCCAGAAUCUAAAUGUGUGCACCAUGAUCCGUCAAGGGCUUUUGAAGAAUUCACUGCGAUAAAGGAGCACUUCUGCAGAAAGCACGCUGAGGAGAAGUGGAAGUGUGAGAAAUGCUCAAAACGGUAUGCCGUUCAAUCAGAAUGGAAAGUUCACUCCAAGACUUGUGGCACCACCAAAAAGCACAGAUGUGACUGUGGAACCGUUUUCUCCGGGGCGGACAGGUUCGUCUCCCACAAAGUCUUCUGCGAAGGAAAGUGGCAGAGCAAUCACGGGGGCCAACCCACUCCAGCCAUAAAAACACAAGCAGAAGAAAACUCCGGUCAGGAUGCAUGGGAGGUCACGGAUAAUACAUUUUCUCCGCUACCUCAGCCAGGACUACUCAUGCCAGAGUCUUUUUCCUCCCGCUUGAUGUCAAUUACUCUCCCUUCAACAUUAUUCUAUGUCCAUCCGUCUCUCCUCCGAGAAUUAGAUUUGUCCCACACUACUAUCAAGUCCUUACCAGAAUCUCUUCCCAACUUGGUUGCACUUCAGAAGCUCAUUCUAAAAUGCUGUGAUCUCUUCAUGGAACUCUCCCCUCAAGUUGGAGAACUGCUGAAUCUUGAGGAGCUUGAUCUCAGUGAAACUGAAAUUCUAGGCCUGCCACAAGAGAUCAGGAAGUUGUCCAAAUUAAAAUAUUUGAGAGUAUCAUUUUAUGGAUAUUUGAAUUGUGGAAAGGGAUUACAGCAAAGUUCACUAGUUCAUACGGGGACAAUAUCAGCUCUCUCUCAGCUGACUGAAUUAAGCAUUGAUGCCAAUCCUGACGAUGAGCGUUGGAAUGCGGUCGUUGAAGCUGUUGUAGAGGAAGCCUGCAACUUGAAAACAUUGGGGUGCCUAAUCUUGUACCUGCCUAAUAUUGAGAGUUUGGGAAAACGCAGAAUAGGUAGCACAUCACUCAGUUAUUAUCCCUUGCGUGGGUUCAAGUUUACUGUUGGCCAACAUAAACAGCGCAGCAUCUCUCGAGUACCAAAAGAAGUUAAGGCUCAUUUUCAAGAAUGGGACAAAUGCUUAAAGUUUGUUAAGGGAAAGGAUAUCCCGAGGGAAAUGAAAAGCGUACUUAAAUCUACAACAGCAUUCUACUUGGACUGUCAUGCCACUGCUAGAAGUUUGAGCGAUUUUGGGAUUGAGAAUAUGCAACAGCUAGAAUUUUGCUUAUUGGCAGAAAGUAAUGAAAUCCAAACCAUCAUAAAUGGUGUAGAGUCUUGCAAAGAACCAGCUGAUAUGUUAGAAGAUGAUCCAGACAAUUCUGAAUCUCUAAGGUCACAUUCUGCUCUAGAACCUGCACUUUUGAAUCUACAGCACUUGCAUAUCUUUUACCUGAAGAAAUUAGUAAGCAUUUGGAACCCAACCUCUUUGAUGGCUAAUCUUGGCAAGUUGGAAGUACUUGUUGUCAAAAAUUGCCCUGAAGUGACCUGUGUAGUAAAAGGAAGAUGCAAUGAAUUCAUUAACCCUUUGAUACCUUAUCUUCCUAGCUUAAAAAGGAUAUCACUCCUUUACCUACCAAAACUGGUCAGCAUUUCUGGCGGAUUUCAAAUUGCACCAAAACUAGAAAAAAUAGGAUUUUACAAUUGCCCAAAGCUUGAGUGUCUUACUACAAGGGAAAUGUCAAGUGGAGAUUUGGUAGUGAUAAGAGGAGAAAGUAAGUGGUGGGAAGCAUUGAAGUGGCAUAAAUCAGAUUGGUGGAAUAAGAAUCGGCUUGAUUAUCUCCAAAGCAUUUUCUCCCCAUUAUCAAGGGAGAAAGAUGUGAUGACACAAAUGGAAGAGAUGUAGAUGUCCAUCAACUAUCAAGCAAUCAAACAAGAACGGUAUU